AAAACUACUCUCAUUUUUGUGUGUUUUCAAAAUGAGCUUUGAAGAUCUUGAAUCAGGAAGCUCAUUGUAUGUUCAAGGAGGAAGUGGAUCAUGGGAACGACAAACAACACAAGCCAUCACAAAUCCAUCUGCUUCUGAUAAUCGUCAAUCCAUAGUAGUUGGUGUGUUUCAAAUAAACACAGCUUUGACAAACUUUCAACGCCUAGUUAACACCCUUGGAACACCCAAAGACGCUAUUCAACUCCGCCACAAGCUCCACAGUACAAGACAGCAAAUUGCAAAAUUGAUAAAAGAAACUUCAGCUAACCUAAAGCAAGCCAUGGAAUCAAAUCGACAUUCUCAAUCUAGUGUCACCAAGAAGAUCGCCAAUGCUAAGCUUGCUAAGGAUUUCCAAUCUGUUCUUAAAAAGUUCCAAAAAGCUCAGCAACUUGCAGCACAGAGAGAGGCAGAUUACACUCCUUCCAUUUCCCAGGAGAUCAAUUCAUCCAGAAGCAUAGAGAUUCAGAUAAGUUCAUCUAUCAGUGCCGAGAGCAGUUCUAUCCUUCUGGAAUCCAAAAGACAGGACGUCGUACAAUUGGAACAUGAGAUUGUUUUUAACGAAGCCAUCAUAGAAGAAAGAGAGCAAGGAAUGACAGAAAUCCAGCAACAGAUUGGUGAACUGAAUGAGAUGUUCAAGGAUUUAGCUCUAUUGGUCCAUGAACAAGGAACUAUGCUCGAUGAUAUAAGUUCUAAUAUUGGGAGUUCUCAUGAUGCAACUGUACAAGCUGCAAAGCAACUUACCAAAGCAUCGAAAAUCCAACAAUGUAAUUCAUCUAUGGUAAGAGUCUAUAUUGCAGCUAGUCCUAUGAUAGCUUACGGAUUGCCUUUAGCUUGGCGCAAAAUUGAUACUUACAAAUUUUCUUUGCAGAGCUGCUUGUUGUUGGUGAUAUUUGGGGUCAUCCUGCUAAUAAUAAUUGUACUGGUGCUAGCAUAAAGAGUUCUCUUCCAAGUUACUAAAUUGAGAUGUUGUAGUUUUUUCAUCUCUCAAGUGUAUGGGUUCCGAUUGUUCUACCUGCAUCAGUCUGCUAAUGUAGAUAAUUUGUACGUCAGUAUGAUCUUCAAGGUACAGAUGUACAGUAUUCAAAUUAUAGACAUUGGGAA